AUUAUUGGUUAUUUAUCUUUAACAAAACGGGAAAAAAUCAGAACUGAUGUUAAUAAAAGACGUUAGCACAAAUGUAUUAAUUCAGCCAUUCAGGUAACGCAUUUUGUCUUAUUUUUCAACCCUGCUUGGGGAAAGUGUUUUCGCUGUAAACAUCUAACUCCUCUACCAUGUCAUUCUUAAAACAUCACAUUACAAUGUACACUGUGUGUUCACAGCCAGACCCAGAGUGGUUUGCUCUAAUCUACUGGAUUAAUUUGGAAAUACUAAUUUACUGCCUAAUGAUUGAUCUAUGAAUUUCCCAAAAUAGGAUCUGAACUGCAACUGUUAGAUUGACUGUAGUACGUGGACGAAACGGUUUCAUUAUAUUGUUCAGCUGGUUGAUUAUUAUUGGUCAGUCGUCGGUCAAGAAACGCUCUGUUGCACUCAGCAACCUUCCCCUUGACUGGCGGAAACGGAAGCCGCGAAGGACAGGUAGGUGCAGAAUCGCUUUAAGUCAGAGGGGCGGUUCACGUCUAGCUGUGAGUUUUCACUUUUUUUCCGUAAACAAACAUGGCGGCCGCGGAUCCCCGAUCCUCGAGUGACGGCGACCCUGCCAGCAGAGGUGGCUUCCCGGCCGGCGAGAAUAGUAACGACCCGGGUGGGGCCGGAGGUAGUGGCGGCGAGAGGGAACGGGAACGCGAUCGGGCCACGUUUGAGUGCAACAUCUGCCUAGACACAGCCAGGGACGCCGUCAUCAGUUUGUGUGGACACCUGUUCUGCUGGCCCUGUCUCCAUCAAUGGUUGGAGACGCGACCCAGCAGACAGCAGUGUCCCGUGUGCAAGGCUGGAAUCAGCCGAGAGAAAGUCAUCCCCCUCUACGGCCGAGGGAGCUCCAGCCAAGAGGACCCCAGGUUAAAGACUCCGCCCCGGCCUCCAGGACAGAGAACAGAGCCCGAGGGCAGAGGGGCGUUCCAGGGGUUUGGGGACACCGGCUUUCACAUGUCCUUUGGGAUCGGCGCCUUUCCCUUCGGCUUCUUCACCACAGUCUUCAACACCAACGACCCCUUCCACAGAGCAGAUCCUCACUACGCUGGCGAUCACCAGGGUAACGGUAACCCCAACAACGGCAACAACUGGCAGGACUCCCUCUUCCUGUUUGUGGCCAUCUUCUUCUUCUUCUGGCUGUUGAGCGUCUGAGAGAGAGAGAGGGGUGUGGUGGGGGGGAUGGCACACGCGCACACACACACACACGCACACACGCACACACGCACACACCAUGACUGAACAGCUGACCCGGGGGAAUCGCGGUACAGUGCCACCGUACUGAAUCACGGGGAGGUGGGGGUUUGCAGCCACAUGGGAGUGCUGAUCACUGAUUGGUCGGAUCUGAACUGAACCCAACCGGACAACAAAUUACUCUUCUGCUCUGUCCCCCCUACUGUGAAAGUGGAGAUGUUUCUGAAGAGGAAGUCACUGCAACUCGCUCCUCUGCUGGGGGGUCCCCCUCUGCUGGGGGGGGGGGAGGGGGGUCCCCCUUGCUCAGCCACACCGAAAACAGGGGAAAGGGGCGGGAUUUGAGGGCAGGGGGCGGGUCCUGGGUCCAGCGAAUCGCAUGACGGACACUAAGAACGAGGGAAGCAGAUCCUCUUCGACAGUCAUCCCUGCUACCUGCUGGUUUCUCUGCACAGUGGCCACCUGUCCAAUCGGGGUGGGGGUUGGGAGGAGGGGCUUAGGUGAAUGACCAAUGACGUGGGAGCGGUGUGGCUUGUUCUGUUCUGAGAGUGUCAGUAUUGAGAGGUAAAUUUUAUGACAGUGUUAAAUGAACAGAAAUGUGUUAUUUUUGUGUCGCGGUGGGGGGAGGGGGUGUUUUGGAGUGUCAUCAGGAGUUUGAUGAUGUAUUAUUCAUCACCAUUAUGGAAGUCAGUUGGCUGUGUGUGGGGGAGGCCUUUUGCAUUGUGGGUAAUCGGUAUCUAAUGACACUUCUCCGAGUGCUCACUCCCUCUAGCAGUAGGACAGCCAAUCGGAUCACUGCACACACACUCCCCAUGGGACAGCCAAUCAGACCACUGCACUCCCUCUCCCUGUGAGACAGCCAAUCAGAACACGGUACUCCCUCUCCCUGUGGGACAGCCAAUCGCAUCACUGCACUCCCUCUCCCUGUGGGACAGCCAAUCGCAUCACUGCACUCCCUCUCCCUGUGGGACAGCCAAUCGGAUCGCUGCACUCCCUCUCCCUGUGGAGCAGCCAGUCAGAUCAGAUCAUGAUAUUGGUGGAACAAGAAAGGACCGUUUCUGUUCCGGUCUUAAAACGUACAGGAGGAAACCGAUUGUUUAACCAAAUUUUCAAAUUGGGAUGGGGGCAGGUGUGAAAUAAGUCUGCACAUGACAGAAUGACCCCCCCCAUCCCACCCCAUCUUUCUCAUGGGGCGAGAGAAGAGCUUUUUGUUUUCACUCUCGCGCAAACUUUAAACCAGGAAGUGGCACGUUCAAGUCUGGCCGAGCACGCAGCGUCUGAAAGAGUUAAAAUUUCACCUGCGGAUGGAAAAGCAGGAGUUCAGCAGAAAGGUGACGUUUUUUUUAUUCUGCGUGUUCGCAGUGUGGAGGCGUGCGGUGUGCGAGGGGGAGAGGAGAGGGUGGUACGGCACCGUUCCGCAUUGGUGACCGUCCAAAUGUCAGGUCUGGCUGUUAAAAGAAAGCUUAUUUAAAGAAAAAUAUAUAUAUAUAUACAUUACUGACAUCAAACUCGAUGUGAUCCUAACGAUAGUCAUAUUUCUAAUACAGUGAGUAUUCUGAUCGUGUUUGUGUGCGCGUGCGCGUGUGUACACAUGUACAUACACAGUGUAAAUGGUGACUUUGUGUUUUUUUUUUUUUUAUUUUGUGAGAGGUGUCGUCCGAGUUCUGUGACCCCCUGCUCUGACCUCCGGGGGCUUUUCCUCGCCUCCCCCGCAGUGCACACUGGUCACGGAUUGGUCGGUACACCCCUGUGUGUUGCAGCCUGGGCCCAAUGAGAGUCCAGCGUGUAUGUGUAAGAACAGAGUUUUUUUUUUUUUUUUUUAGACUUCAGCCAUUGGAGGGAAUACAUCUCUGUACGAUUCGCUCACCUUUCUCGACGCGCGCACACACACACACACACACACACACUCGUGUGUAUGUUGACUCCAUAAGGUAUUAAUAAAUAUAACAGAAAGAGGACUGGAUGAACAUUAGAGGAGGAGGGAGGGUGGGGUCAGUGGGUUGUCAUGGUUAUUUACAGGUAUUGGGUUUUCUCCCCCCCGAUAUUACUUUUUUCUUACUUUUUUUUUUUUUUUUUGCAUAUCUGUCUAAUCAAAUCGGAUAUUUCUAUUUCAUGUCUUUUGUGACACUAAAAACGAAAGAAAGUGCUUCAAAUCAAAAAAAAGUCCAAAACCAGUUGGAGAAAGUGGUUAAUUUCAGAAAAAGCAGAACAAUGCAUUUUUCCUGCAAAUUAAAUAAAUGUUUAAUACAAUCAA